AUAAAGAAAACAAAUAUUAGGCUUGUUGCGCUAUUCGCGAAAAAUAGCGCAGGAGACUGCAGCUUAACGUUGUAGGGUCAUUCCUGACAGGCACAUUUUUGGGCAAAAACAGUAUAAAAAGGCGUUACCCACGCUCGCGUGAUAUAGCGACGUAAAAAUUGGCAGGUUCCUCUGGUUUGGUUGCUGGGUGAAGCGCUUGAAAGGAUCACACUGACAGAACAGCAUGGAUUUCCGGGCUGAAUUCAUCGUUUUACUCUGCUUGAUUGGUUUCACCUGCGCGGUGCCUGUGAAAUACGCGGACUGUGGAUCAUCUUCUGGCAAAGUAGUCAUGGUGGACAUUAACCCAUGUCCCCGUCAGCCAUGCCAGCUUCGUAAAGGACAGUCCUACAGUGUUAAUGUGACAUUCAGCAGUGCUGUAGAGAGCCAGACCAGCGCAGCAGUGGUUCAUGGUGUUGUUGCAGGAAUUCCCGUACCCUUCCCCAUUCCUGUGGAAGAUGGUUGCAAGUCUGGAAUUCAGUGUCCCAUCCAGAAGCAGCAGAGCUAUCAUUACCUGAACUCUCUCCCUGUCAAGUCCGAGUAUCCAUCAAUUAAGCUGGUUGUGGAGUGGGAACUGAGAGACGAUCAAAAACAAGACUUGUUCUGCAUCAAGUUCCCCGUUCAGAUUGUAUCUUAAAUAAUGUCAUUUCUUUUCACCUUUUUGAGCAAAAACUAAAGACUUAUGAUUCAAGAUCUUGUUUUAUUCAUUUGUCAAACUGAUUUUAAGAAGUAUUUCUUCUACUUAUGAUACACACUGGAAAUCGUACUAAUGCAAUAGUUUAAUAAUUGCUGUGAGUUUUGAUGGUAGAAUUAUGCCGCUAACAUUUACAUCAUUCCACUGUUGUGCAAAUAACUUGCUGGCUGCUGUGUAGUCAAAAGGUGAAUGCUGUAACUUUUUUCUAAAUGUAAUAUCUGACCUUUUGCCACCUAAUAAAAAAAACAAACACCUAAAAUGUAA